AUGACGGGGGCGGACGCUCAGGAUCCGAGCACGUCUGGGAACGCGUCCAAGAACGACGCCCCAGCCGUGGUCACCACGGAACUUAUUCAAAAGUACUUGGAUGAGAACCAACAACUGAUCCUAGCCAUUCUUGAGAAUCAAAACGUCGGUAAGCUCGCGGAGUGCGCGCGGUAUCAGACCAAGCUGCAGGAAAAUCUCAUGUACCUCGCGGCAAUCGCGGAUGCGCAGCCGGCGAAGGGUGGAAAGGAAUAG